CUCGCUAUGGCUUUCGCUUCUCCCCUCCUCAUCUCUGUGCCUCGUUCACAUGCCCCAGCGCUGAAUCGAAGGUGCAUUCGAGCUCCAAUCAUGGCGAAUUCUUCAGAGAAAUCCACAAGAUUGGUUACCUUCUUGGGCAAAGGAGGUUCUGGGAAGACCACCGCUGCAGUCCUCGCUGCCCAGCACUAUGCAAUGGAAGGAUUGAAUACAUGUUUGGUAGUGCAUUCUCAAGACAAAACUGCAGAAGAACUGAUGGGUUGUAAGAUUGGCAAUUCUCCAACUGAAUGCAAGAACAAUCUUUCCAUUGUUAGGUUGGAAACCAGUAAGAUGUUGCUUGAACCUCUGGAGAGGAUGAAGAAAAGUGAUGCUCGUCUAAAUUUGACACAAGGGGUACUUGAUGGGGUGGUCGGAGAAGAGCUUGGGGUUCUGCCAGGAAUGGAUUCCAUUUCGGCCUUGGUACUAGAAAAACUAGUUCAUUUUCUUCCAAGAGUUAACUACCGGUCACGCACAAAUUUUGAUAUUGUUGUGUAUGAUGGCAUUAGCUCUGAGGAAACAUUGCGAUUAAUUGGUGCCACUGAGAGAGCAAGGUGGUAUUUGAAGUAUAUACGUAGUUUGGCUGAGAAGACUGAUAUUGGAAGAUUGACUGCUCCUUCAUUGUUGAAACUAGCAUAUGAAUCUGCAAACCUGAAUGAUGGUGGUCCUAGUGAUGGGAAAACAAGCACAGAAAUAUGGAAUGAUAUUGAGCAGAUUCUAGAGAAAGCUUCAGUUUCUUUUGCUGACUCUUCAAAGUUUGGAUGUUACCUUGUGAUGAAUCCAAGUAGUGGAGCAUCCAUCAAAUCAGCAAUGAGAUAUUGGGGUUGUGCAAUUCAAGCAGGAACACAGAUAUCUGGCGCAUUUGGUGUUGGCUCACAAUCUUCUUUAUCCAUUAAGGAACUUUCCCAGCAAUUCUCCCCCUUAGCUUUUGCAUGUAUACCACAUCUUUCAACCGGUUCUUCUUUGGAUUGGGAUACAAUCAUCAAUUCUCUAAGCAAUGAUGCAAAACGUAUACUUCAUUCUGCAACUGAUAAUUCACAACCAUCAGUUAGAUUUGAUACAAGCCAGAAAUCGGUUACCCUUUUCAUGCCAGGCUUCGAGAAGGCGGAGAUCAAGUUAUAUCAAUAUAGAGGAGGAGCAGAGUUACUAGUGGAAGCAGGGGAUCAAAGACGAAUAAUUCGGUUACCUCAUGCUAUGCAAGGCAAAGUGGGAGGGGCCAAGUUCAUUAACAGCAGCCUUGUGGUCACUUUACGUUAGAACUUAGAGCCAUAUAACUUUGUUCAUCAUCAUUUGUCAAGACCAUUGGUUUAACUUCCUGACCUUUUUGAUCACCAUGACAAGUUAAUAAAACCAAAAUUGAUUUCCUUUUUCUCCUUUGUUGACAACAAUAGCUGUAAUUUUUCUUUUUUUCUGUUGAGCUGUCUUAAAUGUAUACUUUUGCGGCUAUGCACAUUUGUGAAGCUCUGUUUGCAGACAUUGAUACUUAUCGCUGGUGUCUAUGUAUAUUUGGAGCUUUACAGGGAUUUGUAUGCAAAAUUAAAACCAUAAAUUUUUUUAA